GCAAUGAAAAAUAAGACAUCAGUGACAGAGUUCAUCCUCCUGGGACUGACAGAUGACCCAGACCUACAGGUCUUGAUUUUCCUCUUUCUGUUUUUUACCUAUGUAUUGAGUGUAACUGGCAAUUUGACCAUCAUUAUCCUCACCUUGUUGGACUCUCACCUCAAGACCCCCAUGUACUUCUUUCUCAGAAAUUUCUCCUUUUUAGAAAUCUCCUUUACAUCUGUUUCCAUUCCAAGAUUCCUGAUCACUAUUUUAACUGGUGACAGGACAAUUUCCUAUAAUUUUUGUGCAGCUCAGUUAUUUUUUUUCAUCCUUCUGGGUACCACGGAAUUUUUUCUGCUGGCCGCCAUGUCCUAUGACCGCUACGUGGCCAUCUGCAAACCCCUACACUACACGACUAUUAUGAACAGCAAAGUCUGCAACCAACUUCUAAUCAGCUCUUGGCUGGCAGGUUUCCUCAUUAUCUUUCCGCCAGUCAUCAUGGGCCUCCAGCUGGAGUUCUGUGACUCUAAUGUCAUUGAUCAUUUUGCUUGUGACUCUUCUCCUGUCCUCAUGAUCUCUUGCACAGACACUAAGUUCUUAGAAGUCAUGAGUUUUUGCUUAGCUGUAUUCACACUCUUGGUCACUUUGGCAUUAGUGAUUUUGUCCUAUGCAUAUAUCCUUAGAACCAUUCUGGGAAUCCCCUCUGCCCAGCAAAGGAAAAAGGCCUUUUCCACUUGUUCCUCCCACAUGAUUGUUGUUUCCAUUUCUUAUGGAAGCUGCAUCUUCAUGUAUGUCAAACCCUCAGCUAAGGAAGGAGUAGCUAUGACCAAAGGGGUAGCAGUGCUGAAUACCUCUGUUGCUCCCAUGCUGGACCCCUUCAUUUAUACCCUGAGGAAUCAGCAAGUGAAACAAGCCUUUAAGUACAUGGUCAGAAAGAUCUUUAACUCAAAUAAAUGA